UUUUAAACAAUGGAUGACUUGACGCUUUUUGCCUUGUGAUGUUGCUGAUGACAGAGACGAAACAAAACAGGGAGAACCACAAGCGUCGACAAUAAAUCAUAUUUACCGGUGCCGAGUCCUUAAUGAUAAAUAAGGUCGACAACGUGAUGUAGCCGAUGAAAUGGAGUAUGAUGAGAGACUUGCACUUUUCCGCCAAACCCGCCUCAAUCCCUUUGAUCGUGGAGAGGAAGAAGAUGAUCCCCAAGGAGGCAAGACGCCCCCACUGCAUGAAGCAAGGCCUGACCUGUUCUCUGAGACCAGAACCCACAGUUCAGACAGGACCAUGGACCUUGGUCUAGCUGAGGACCACUUCUCAAGGCCGAUGGGUUCGUUUGUGGCUUCCGACAUUGAACAGCUAAAAAUGGCCAUAGAGGAGUGUAAAAAGCUGAUCCUGGAGCUGCCCGAACACUCGGAGAGACAGAAGGACACGGUGGUGAAACUUAUCCACCUUCGUCUCAAACUCCAGGAACUUAAGGACCCAGAGGAGGAUGAGCCUAAUCUGAGAAUCCUGCUGGAGCACCGAUUUUCCAAGGAAAAGAGCAAGAGUGUUAAACAGACCUGUGACAAGUGUAGCACAAUCAUCUGGGGCCUUAUCCAGACUUGGUAUACCUGCACAGGUUGCUAUUAUCGCUGCCAUAGUAAGUGUAUGAACCUGAUUACCAAGCCCUGUGUCAGGUCAAAGGUCAGCCACCAGUCGGAGUACGAGCUUAGCAUCUGCCCUGAGAUAGGACUAGACCGGCAAGACUACCGCUGUGCAGAAUGUCGCACACCUAUUUCACUGAGGGGCGUGCCGACUGAAGCCAGACAAUGUGACUACACAGGCCAGUAUUACUGCAGCACAUGCCACUGGAACGACUCUGCCAUCGUCCCAGCUCGGGUCAUCCAUAACUGGGAGUUUGAAACACGAAAGGUCUGUCGCUCUUCAAUGCGCUACCUGGCCCUGAUGAUAGCGCGACCUGUGCUGAAGCUGAAAGAAAUCAACCCGCUGCUAUUUAACUUUGUGGAGGAACUUGUGGAGAUCAGGAAACUCCGUCAAGAUAUUCUGUUGAUGAAACCCUAUUUUAUUACCUGUAAGGAGGCCAUGGAGGCUCGGCUAUUACUACAGCUUCAAGACCGGCAGCACUUUGUGGAGAAUGAUGAUAUGUACUCGCUACAGGAUUUGAUUGACAUCUCCAGUGGCAGACUCAGCUGCUCCCUCACAGAGAUCCACACCACGUUUGCUAAGCACAUCAAACUAGACUGUGAGCGUUGUCAGGCCAAAGGAUUUGUGUGUGAGCUGUGUAAGGAAGGAGACAUACUGUUUCCUUUUGACAGUCACACUUCAGUUUGCCACGACUGCUCUGCUGUCUUCCACAGAGAUUGUUACUAUGACAACUCCACAACUUGUCCGCGAUGUGCCCGGAUGACUGAACGCAAGCAGGACGACGAGCCGGAUGUAAAAAAUGCCUAAAUCUGCAGGAGACCCCCCCGAUGUUACUGGAUGUUGCACUUUGCCUCAUGUUAUGCUCUAAUCGAUCAAGAGAGUCGAACAGAAGACUCGCUUUUUUGUCUUUGUCCUUUUUUUGUUGUUGUUUUGUGCGUAUGUUUGUACUGUAGUGUCUUUAUCUUCAUGUGUACUACAUAAUGAAGCAGGGUACUUAGAAACCCAUCUGGAAAUUAAUAUAUAUAUAUAUUUUUUAUCCCACUUUUUAAUUCAAACUGAAAUUGGAUGUACUGAACACUGUGUACGUGUGUUUGUGUGAGUGAUUCACAUCAGUGUGUGCGUCUGCUUGUAUAAAUGUACAAAAUAAAUGCCCUAUAGAGAACAGACACCUCAACUGAAGAUGAUUAUGCAUGCAGGAGUUGUUGUAUAAUAACUGUUACAAGCCUCAACUGCGUUAACCUAUACUG